GUUACCUUUGAAGGGUAUUUUGCGCGCUGUGCAUGAACUGGAGUCCCAUUAUGAGUUCAGAUGACAAAAAAGAAACGGAAACAUCCAAUGAAUGUGAUGAGGGUUUUCUACCUGAUGCGAAUCCCACUUUGGAAUCUCCACGAUUCUCUAUGGCCAUGAAAAUGAAUCGUCAUGAUAAGGAUAAAGACACAUUGCUACCUCCUUCACCUCCAAAGUUUGUGUCAAUGAAUCAACUUGCUGAAGCAGCUAAAGCAUUUUAUAAUAUGUCUUUAGCACAUGAAAUAACUGUGGAUUCUCAGUUUAGACUGGAGAAGUACGAACCACCAGAAAAAAGUUUGGAAUAUUGUAUUAAAGAAACAAUGCAUAGAGCAUUUUGGGAUAUUUUACGAUCUAGUUUAGAAUGUGAUCCUCCAGACUAUGAACCAGCUUUACGCUUACUGGAAGAAGUUAAACAGUCAUUACAAAGUUUAGUUUUGCCUAAUCAAACAACAUUGAAAACACUUAUUGAAAAUCUUUUGGAUAUGGAUAUAGCUAAAUCUCAAUUAGAAGAAACUGGUUAUUUAAGUUUAGAAAUGUAUAAAAAUGAAGUAAUUAAUUUAAUGAAACAAUUUUGUGCUCCAAUACGUGAUCAAGAAGUUGAAGAUUUAAGGAAAAUCAAUGAUCCAAUUGAUGCAUUCAAAAAUGUUUUUAUUCUGUUGGAUAAAAUGCAUAUGGAUUUGGCUAAUUUUACAAUUAAACAAAUGAGACCAUAUAUUCGUCAAACUGCUGUUACAUAUGAACGAACAAAAUUUGCUACAUUUUUAGAAGCUCAACAAAAACUUGGUAUUGAUGGCUUAGCUCAUACACGUGAUUGGAUUAAACAAGCACAUGAUGAUCUUCUUCAUGUAUCACAUCAACCAAUUAAUCAUGAGUGCCCCAAUACAUCCAACAAUAUCAGCACCAAUGAUAAGAAUACUCCAGCGGAUCUUAAAAACACUCCAGAUAGUUGCUCUACCACAAGUAAUGAUACUAUCCCAUUGACACCGAAUAAUAUACUACGUGAAGCUUAUUUGAAGUUAUUGACAUGGCCACGGGAUCGUGAUUGGCCUGAGACAAUGCUCAUGGAUCAGUAUCGUCUUAUAGAUUUAGGCAAUCAAUUAACCAUUAUUAUCAAUUUAACAUCUCUUGUUCUAGUUGUAUGUAAUUAUAUAGCAUUGAAUGUAUCAACAUUCACUAAAACUGGAUCAUCUUCAUUCACUGCAACAAAACCAAUUUUUUCAAUGUCACUUGAAACUAGUUUACCACAUGAUUCAAUGAUAAAAUUGAAAAAAUCCAUUUGUCAAGAUGUUGCACCAAUAUUACAUGGAAUCUCUUUAAAUUAUAAACCUGAUCAAUUAGUUGAUGAUAUAAUUGAACAAGUUAUAUUGACAAUUGAAUUAUGGUAUAAUCGAUGCAUACAAUCUUGUAAUCUAGUUACAUCAUCAUCAUCUAACUUAUCAACAUUAACUGAGCAUAAAUCAUUAUGUACAACUGCUUCUAUGACAGAUUAUGGACGUAAUGAAUUAAGUUUACAAUUGACUUCAGUUAUUCUCAGUGAACAUCCUGUUUAUAAACUGAUGUAUAAACGAGCUAUGGAUUUUCUACGAUCUGCAUUAUCAUCCUACCCUCCUGAACCAUUACCUUUACCUCCAGGUUUCAGUGUUCUACUUGAUCUUGAUCAAGAUAAACUCAGUUCUUCCACCAACGGAAAUGCAACUACUGUUAAUUCUGUUGGUUAUCUACGUAAACCUCCUCUAAACAUCCCAACAACAAUGAUGUCAGGUGGUAGUAGUACUACUACUGGAUUACUUUUUCAUUCUUCUCCUUCUAGUCCACGACAAGAAUCAAUCAAUAGUUUUAAAACUUCUAAAUUUGAAAUAUUAAGUUUAUCCGAUUUAGCAAGUCGUCUUCUACCAUUAUUAGCUCAUAAUCGUCAUGUAUUUGGUUCAUAUUAUGCUGAAAUUAUUCAACCAUUACUUAUGCCUGAAAUUCAAAAACUUUCUAAUACCAAUCGUGAAAAAUGAUUUCAUAUAUGAUCUCCUUAUAUUAUAUACAAUCAUUGUUUUCAAUUGUAGACAACAACAAGGACUAUCCACUGUACAUUAAAAAAAAAACAACAACCGCUAUUCGUAUUAUUAUUAUUAUCAUUAUUAGCAGCAGCAUCCGCAGCAACAGUAGUAAUAGUUUGUUGGGGGUGUGGGGGUCUUUUUUUUUACACUAACAUUCAAUUUCUCUAUUCAUUGUCCAAUUGGUUCUUCCAUCUCAUAACUGUUCCCCCUUUUUUUUCUAUAGGAGAAUAAUAAAUAGUAUAUUGAUUACAAUAUCAUUACUCAUAUGUUCUCCACUACUUUAGUGUUGUUAUUUUCUUUCAUUCUUUCUUUUUGUUGUAUCUGUAUAUGUAGUCGUGUUAUCAAUAUGAACUUUACUUUACUUUUUCGUUAUUAUUGUUGUUGUUUAUUUUCAUUUAUAGAUUACGUAACUAGUAAGUAUUCUAGUUGAAUCAUUUACUUGUUUCAAAUGUUCAUUUAUUGCAUUUUGUGUAUCUUUUCUUUCUUUUUUUCUUUUCUUUCUUUUUUUCAACUUUAGUUUUUUUUCCUUUUUGAUAUUCAUGUUGUUUGUUUGUUUUGUUUUCUCUAUCGUUUAUCUUUUUUGUUAUUGUUUUGUAUAUAAUUCUUUAAUAUUUUUUAAAAUCUAAAUUGGCUAAAUAUACAUCCAAUAUUAUAUUACUAUUACGUAAUCAUCCAAAUAGGUUGUUUAAAAGAAAUACCUUAGUGAUUGUUUCCCUUUUUUUUAUUUUAAUGGAAUAGAAUUUUUGUUUUUUUUUUUAAUCACAUCAAUUUCAAUUGGUUCUUUUAUUGGUUACCUAUUAAAAUCUAUAAUUGUUCCUUACAUUUUGAUUGGUUGAUAACUUUUAAACAAUUACAUUUUAUUGUAUGUUUUUAUUCAAGUACAUUUACAUGUAUUUAGGUUUAUUGACUGAUUCUAUUAUAUCUAUAUCAAAAUGUAAAUAAUAAAUGAAAAGUUCGAUUAAAGGUAGAAUAUUAUUGUACUAAUUUUUAUGGAUUAGAUAGUGGUUGGAGGUAGUCGACAUGAAACUCUGGACCCGAGUUUCGUGUUACUUGGCACUCGUCAGUAAGGUUUAUCUGUAAUCUUGAUGGAACUGAUGCUCCUUAACGGAUUCGAUCCCGUGUCACCUAGCUUCACAGUCAGAGAGAUAUUACCACAGAGCCCUCAAUGUUGUGUCACCUAGACUGGUGGACACAUCGCAACAUGGUCAAUAGCAUUCGAUCUGCAGUAAUAAGGAUUAGACACGCAUGAUAUUGAUCACCACCCAGUGAUCAAU